AUGCAUUUCGCUGCCUCUGCUCUGGCCCUCGCCGCCACCGCGGCCGUCGCCAACGCCGCCGGCGUCACUUUCUGGACCCUGGACGACAAGACCCGCACCAUCUACUUCACCGCCAACGAGGGCUCCGGCUCGGCCGCGAUCCAGCCCGUCACCGUAAGCAACGCCAAGAAGACGCGUGUCGAGUUCCCCGACACCUGGGUCGGCAACUACUACGCCGUCCAGGAUGGCGCUGAAAACAAGCCCGGUAUGCUGGGCGAGAUCAACUUCGGCAGCUGGGGCGGCCUGACCUACUUCGAUGUCUCUGCCAUCGUCGACCCCAAGGACCACGACAACGUCAAGCAGAUCUGGCCCGCCAGCUCGCAGGCCCCCAUGUCCGGCUGCGACAUCUUCCCCUGCAACAACGCCUACUACCUGCCCGACGACAUCCAGACCAAGACCACCAAGGAGAACGAGCUGAUCAGCACGCUCGGCUCCGGCUCCACCGGUCUCAACUUCGCCCAGUAA